ACCCUGACUGCUUUUCUAAGUGCCUGGUAGAAAGGUGACGGCGGGGUGAAGAUAGCAUCAAACUGAGAACUCUGCGUGAGCGCGCGCGCCUGUGUGUGCACGUGUCUGUUUCUCCUCUUCCACCCUCCUCCUCCUCCUCCCGCCGCUGCUCCUCCUCAGCGUGGAGGUGCGGGGCCACUACUGGCUGUGCGGUUGCGGCACUGGAUGGAUGUGAGGAGCAUGUGUGCGGGUGAGGACGCCUCGGGCGGUGCAGACAGGAGGACAUAAUUCUUUUUUUCUGGAGCUUUUUUUGUGUGUUUUGAAAUUUUCUACCAACCAACCUACCUGCCGAUCGGUCACCUCCAACAGGACGAGAUGUCAAACUCAAACAAAAGCAAGAAGGACAAAGAAAUCCUGGCAGAAUACGAGAGCCAAGUGAAAGAUGUGCGGACCCAGUUGGUGGAGCAGCAGCGCUGCCUGGAGCAGCAGACAGAGAUGCGGGUCCAGCUGCUUCAGGACCUGCAGGACUUCUUCAGGAAGAAGGCCGAGAUUGAAACGGAGUAUUCCCGAAACCUGGAGAAGCUUGCAGAGCGGUUCAUGGCCAAAACACGCAGCACAAAAGAUCAUCAGCAAUACAAAAAGGACCAGAAUCUGCUUUCUCCAGUCAACUGCUGGUAUUUGUUAUUAAACCAAGUGCGGAGAGAAAGCAAGGACCACGCCACUCUGAGUGAUCUCUACCUGAACAACGUCAUCAGCCGCCUGACGCACAUCAGUGACGAUUCAGCUCGCCUGCUGAAGAGGAGUAAAGAGAUCCUCCUGCAGCUUCAGGAAGACCUCAUGAAGCUUCUGAAUGAGCUCUACACCGUGAUGAAGACGUAUCACAUGUACAACGCGGAGAUGUUCAGCGCGGAGGCCAAGCUGCGGGAGGCGGAGCGCCAGGAGGGGCGUGUAAAGGGCGUGUCAGGGACAGGCGGCGGGAUGGAGCCCGUGUUCGGCCUGCGAAUAGAGGAACGUCACCAGAGACGCAACGCCGCCCGGAAGAUGGAGAAGAUGAGAGAGAAGAGGAAGGCAAAGUACUCGGAGAACAAACUAAAGACUCUGAAGGCCAGAAAUGAGUAUUUACUGACUCUGGAGGCAACCAACGCCUCCGUCUUUAAAUACUACAUCCAUGAUCUGCCCGACAUCAUCGACUGCUGUGACUUAGGGUACCACUCCAGUCUGAGCCGGGCUCUGAGGACCUACCUAUCCGCCGAACUGAGCCUUGAAGCCUCCAGGAGGGCCGGCCUGGAGGUUCUAGAGGGGGCUGUGGAGAACCUGGACCCUGCCCGCGACAGGCAGCGUCUGCUGGGCCUCUACCCCACUGCCUUUUGCCCGCCGCAGCGCUUCGGCUUCCAAGCGCACAUGGGCGACACAACGACCCAGAUUGCCUCUCAGCCCCAGGUUCAGGCGGAGCUCUCGUUGCGCCUCACUCAGCUCCAGACCCGCCUGGCGUCCCUGAAGAUUGAAAACGAGGAGGUGAAGAAGACCUGGGGUGCGACUCUGACCACGCUGCAGGACAUGACCGUGCUGGACGACUGCGACGUCUCCCAGAGCUUCACCCACAGCCCCUCCUCCGAGUCGGUCAAGUCCAGCGUGUCGGACGGCUACCUGAACAAACCCAGCCUGGCAAAGAGACGAGCCAACCAGCAGGAGACGGAGCUCUUCUACUUCAACAAGUUUCGCGAGUAUCUGGAGGGCAGCAAUCUCAUCUCAAAACUCCAGGCCAAACAUGACAUAUUAAAGAAAGCCUUAGCCGAGGGAUAUAAAUCUGAACUGCUGACUACCAGUCGUGGGCGGAAGAACUCCCAUAGCAAGCAUCAGGAUUCAACUAAAGCCAUACCCUUGAUUGUUGAGAGCUGCAUCCGCUACAUCAAUCUACACGGGCUUCAGCAUCAGGGCAUCUUCCGGGUUUCAGGAUCGCAGGUCGAGGUUAACGACAUCAAGAACUGCUUUGAGAGAGGUAACGACCCGCUUAUAGACGAGGAGAGCAACCAUGACAUCAACUCUGUGGCUGGGGUGUUGAAGCUGUACUUCAGGGGCUUGGAGAACCCUCUGUUUCCAAAGGACAGGUUCAAUGACCUCAUCUCCUGCGUCCGGAUGGAAAACCUGUAUGAGAGAGCUCAGUGCAUCAGGAAGAUCCUGCUGGGCGUCCCCAGGGCCACGCUGGUGGUGAUGCGCUACCUGUUCGCCUUCCUCAACCAUCUCUCCCAGUACAGCGAUGAGAACAUGAUGGACGCCGGGAACCUGGCCAUAGUGUUCGGCCCCACCCUCCUACCGACGCCUGAGACCCUGGACCAGGUGGCCUGCCAGGCGCACGUCAAUGAGGUCAUCAAGACGGUCAUCCUGCACCACGACAACAUCUUUCCAGACACCAAGGAGGUUCCAGGCCCAGUUUAUGAGAAGUGUAUGACCGGCGACCAGUACUGCGAGAGUCCGUUCAGCGAGCCGGGAGCCUUGGAGGAGACCGAGCCCGACGCCGGCACCGAGACCCAGACCAGCGAGGAGGAGGGCGAGGCCGUGGAGGCGGUAGCCAGGUUCGACUACGUGGGCCGGUCGGGCCGGGAGCUGUCCUUCAAGAAAGGCGCGUCGCUGCAGCUCUUUCAUAGAGCGUCACAUGACUGGUGGGAGGGGCGGCACAACGGCAGCCGCGGCCUGGUGCCUCAUCAGUACAUCGUGGUGAAGGACAGGCGAGUGCACAGUCCCAAAUGGGCCGACGCCAUGUCGGACACGCUCAGUCAGAAAGCCGACAGUGACGGAGGGAGCAGCAGCACCGAGGAUAAGAGGUCCAGGAGCGAGCUGAGCUCCCCGACCGACAUCAGACCACCUGAGAGUUUUAACAGCCACAGGAGGAAACGAACAGACGGUCUCUUCCGCCGCCCUCUCUGCCGAUCCAGUGACAACCAUGGCAGCGGAGGCGGGAUGGAGCGCAGCUCUCCGCCUGUGACGGGUCACUUCAGCCCCAGAGAUCUGCUGCUGGGGCGGGGCCAGGGUAUGACCCCGCCUCUCGACAGCCCAGAGCGGCGGCGGCGCUCUGCCGCCGUGACCUUGACGGUGAACCGCCAUGAUUCGCUGCGCAGGCCGGAAGACACGCCCAUACGACGCUCCAGCAGUGGGCAGCACAGCUUCAGCGACUCGCUCCGAUCCAGAGCGAUGGACGCUGAAUCGCUGGCCCAGGACAUCGAGGAGACGGUGAAUGUAGCUCUGGGCGAGCUCCGGCAGCUGGAGCGGCAGGGCUGCCGGCCGGCCCCCGACGUGGUCCUGGACACCCUGGAGCAGGUGAAGAACGGCCCUGUUGCUACCUGUUCCUCUGAGUCCCCCAGCCCCCACAGCACCCCCAGCACGCCUGGCACACCCGGAACACCCGGUACGCCUGGGACCCCUGGAACCCCCGGCACCCCGAGCCCCCUCAGUCCAGUGAGCCCCAUUAGUCCUCUACCCGGACCCCCUGCCGGACCUCCGAGGCCGACCAACCCGUCCCCAGAUGCUCUGGGCUCUUUCAAGCCUGUGGCGGCCGCCCGUAUGGGCACUCCGUUGCGUCCCCCCGCCCUGAGACCGAAACCCGUGGUGCCCCCUAAGAGCAGCACCCCGCCUCUGCCCUCUCCGCUUGACAAAUCCUGCACCAUGUGAGCCAAACCAGGCCAAAUCAGGCCUACCCAGGCCAAAACUGGGCCAGAAGAGGAGAUCAGGGUACUGCUUGCUGAUUCUAAUCAACGUGAAGGUAGAAAGGGUAGGAAAGGCUUUUAAUGUAGUAAUAAAUUAUAAUCUAUGACAUGACCUAUGAUAUGAUAUGCCAUGAUAUUUCUGUGUCGUCAGGUUGGUGUGUACUCUCUUGAUGUGUAGGAGUUUCCUUUCUCCAUGUAUCGAAGCAUUAAUCAAAGGUUAGCUUAAAGAACUGCUGGUGAGGCGGAAAAAGUCCCGUAAAAACGUAGUUUCAGUGAUGUGAAUGUUGUGUCCCUAAAGACACCCGAUUGGCUGCUGCAUCCGCCGACCGACUGGUCUAUAGGAGGAGGACUUGGACGGCACGACGGCGUGCGUUUCACUCAAAUUUCCGCUGCUAUGCUCACCCAGGGGGCCUCCCACAGAGGCGCUCGGUGACGGAUAAAAUACAAAACGAAAACUUUAAUGAAUGUGUUCAGCUUUUUAACGACUGUUCGGCCAUCUUUACUGAAUGUUCGGUGGGCGGCCUCACUGUUCCACGGCCUUCUUGUUUUGUUUUCUUUCUUUCAGGAGGCAGCUCCUCCUAAACUAGUCCUUGUUUUGUUUGAGCGUUUGUCGGCGUGCUGGUGUGUGUGCGUAUGUGUGUGUAUGCUCGCCCGCCCUCGUCGUGCUCCCCCAGUAAGUGCAGAAUAGAUAAUUCAUGCCUGCCUCUAGUGCCACAACACACGACUGCAAGUCGACGAAACCUGAGUGCAAAAAGCAUGCCACCACCUCAUCCGUACAUCUGUAUGUGUGUGUUACACUAAAGUCACUGGUUAACCUUAAAUCCUCCAAUAAGCUAACAGGGUCGGGGCUCUGUGUGUGAAAACGCCCAAAAAAAAACAAAAAAAAAAAACUACACUUGAACAGCACAGUGAAUGUGGAGUGUGGUGUUAAACUGGACCAGGCUGUGUGUGCACAUGUGUUUUGGUGAAAGUGCCUUUUUUUUUUUUAGACCCUCAUGUAUUUUUUUGGGGGGGGGUGUGUGUGUGAAUCCACUCACGCAUGUCAAGACUGAAAGAGCAGCAGCACUCUGAAUGAAGUUUAUCAUAAAAGUGUUUAGUAGAUUCCCUGAAUUAAUGAAUUCUAACAUUUACCCAUUGUGACAUUGCACUUUGAUGUAUAGGAUUGUGUCCUUGGCAUGUAGCAUCAUGACAUGUUGGUGCAUUUUUUCCUUUAAAAAAAGGGGGGGAGGGGUGUCUCUGAAUGUGUUUGAUAAGAAGCAGAAACGGUUUUCCGUCUGUCAGUGUUGCUGUAUUUGAAAAACUGAGCCUCCUGAAGUCGAGCUCGUAUAGCCAAAUGGAUUGUAUCAAUGUGAUGUAUUUAUAUUCUAAAUCAAUCUGAAUAAAUUAGCAUUCAAGCCACAGGCGGACUGGAGGUUUCUUUGACUCAACUGGACGACUUUUAAACUCUAGAAGGAAAUCAGCUGUUUAUUUAGACUCCAAAAAGUAUUUGAUUGAAUGUCUCAAAGUAAGUAGAACCUGGAUCGCAGACUGAGUCCUUCCAUUCCAUCCAUUAGUCCUUUUCAGGGUGACGGUGGGAGGAGUCUAUGGGCGAGAGGCGGGGUCCACCCUGGACAGGUCGCCAGUCCGUUGCAGGGCAAAACAGAGACACACAA